AUCAGCAUUUUUUCUAUGGAUUGUGUGUUGUUUAAUCAGCUAUUAGCUCCAAGAAUCUUCAUUAGCUCAAAUGUUCAUCAUCAAUCUUUUGGCAAUUCACAUAAUAAUAUUGUUGGAAUUGGACACUAUAGAAAAAGACUAUCUUCUCCCAAUUUGAAUACUUGGACAUGUAGGGUUGCUGAGACUCCAUUUGAGAAUGGAUCUUUAUUUGAAACAUUGAGUGCUGAAAUAACCCCUCAAACUAUUGAUUUCUUUGUGAGUGAAACAGAAGGUGAUCCUGAUUGUCCCACUAAAGGCUAUUCUUCAAUUGGAGAGGCACUUAAUGCAUUGUCUCAAGGAAAGUUUGUCAUUGUUGUAGAUGAUGAAAGUGGGGAAGUGGAAGGAAACCUUGUCAUGGCAGCAUCAUUUAUUAGUGCUGAGGCAAUUGCAUUUAUGGUGAGACAUGGUUCAGGCAUUAUUUCUGUGGGCAUGAAAGAAGAGGAUCUUGAGCGGCUUAAUCUUCCUUUGAUGUCACCUGAAAAAGAAAAUGACUCUUCUGCUCCAUCCUUCACAAUCACAGUGGAUGCUAAGAAGGGCACAUCUACUGGUGUAUCGGCUUCAGAUAGGGCUAAAACUGUCCUGGCAUUGUCCUCUCCUACUUCUACUCCUGAAGAUUUCAUAAGGCCAGGCCAUGUUUUUCCUCUCAAGUAUCGGAAUGGUGGAGUCUUAAGAAGAUUUGGUCAUACUGAGGCUUCGGUUGAUUUAGUAACAUCAGCUGGCUUGCAACCGGUUUCUGUUCUUUCAACUAUAGUUGAUAAAAAUGAUGGUUCUAUAGCCUCUAUGCUCAUUUUGAAAAAUUUGGCCUUGGACCACAAGAUUCCGAUUGUAUCAAUAACUGAUUUAGUAAGAUAUAGGAGAAAGAGGGAGAAGCUUGUCGAAAGAACUGCAGUAUCUCGUUUACCAACUAAAUGGGGAUUAUUCGAGGCUUACUGUUACCGUUCAAAGCUUGAUGGUACAGAGCAUAUAGCUGUCGUAAAGGGUGAUAUUGGAAAUGGUCAAGAUGUGUUGGUAAGGGUACAUUCAGAGUGUUUGACAGGGGAUAUUUUUGGAUCACGACGAUGUGAUUGUGGUAAUCAGCUGGAUUUGGCAAUGCAGCUGAUUGAGGAAGCUGGUAGGGGUUUGGUUAUCUAUCUCAGAGGCCACGAAGGACGAGGCAUUGGCUUAGGCCACAAGCUUCAGGCCUAUAAUUUGCAAGAUGAGGGACAUGAUACUGUUGAAGCCAAUCUAGAGCUCGGCUUUGCUGCAGAUGCUCGUGAAUAUGGCAUUGGCGCGCAGAUGUUAAGGGAUAUAGGUGUUCGUACCAUGCGCCUAAUGACUAACAAUCCAGCAAAAUUUACGGGUUUAAAGGGUUAUGGUUUAGCAGUCGUUGGACGGGUACCAGUUUUGACACCCUUCACAGAUGAAAACAGGAAGUAUUUGGAAACCAAAAGAACAAAGAUGGGUCACAUAUAUGGAUCUGAUGUACAAGGACCUAUUAAGGCGUCCAUCAAACGGAAUUUGGAGAAACAAGAUCCAUCCCAGGAAAGAAAUGAAAGUUAAGUACAGAUUACUUUCAAGGAGGGAGAGAUUUUCAUCUGUUUCAUACUUCAUUCACAUUUUUUUUAUUGUAGAACUUAUUCUUUGAGAUAUAUUCCAAUUACAGAAAAGAAAACACACUAAAGCACUCAUUAUACAUAAAUACCUUCUUGAUACAAAA